AUGCAACACGACGUCUCAAGGCUCAUGAUUAGCCGGUGGCCAGGGUGGAAAGAUGAAAAUGAAGUACAGGAAGCUACAAAGCUACCCCUCUUACUCUCAAGGGUCAUGGAAGGCCUCCCAAUCACAUCACAAAGUCCCUUUCUGGCCCUACCUCUGGAAGUUCUGGUCCAAAUAAUGGCCUUAAUCGCAGAUGAUAGAGACGCCUUAUCUACUCUCGCUCUACUAAACAGCGACUGCAGACAAUUAGCUCGCUCUUUUCAAUUUGUCGACGUCUGCUUUGAUUAUGGGCCGCUGUCAACAAAGCUUCUGGAGCGACUCUUGGACGAAGCCCAAGCUAGAGCGGAUGCUGCCAGCGACAAUGCAAAUACGUUGUUUAUUGGCUCUUGUAUCCGUCGAGUCACAGUCAAUCCCAAGCCGCAGCACGUUGCUGCAACACAUAAAGACCUUUGGGAUGCCAGGGGGUCUGGAUCUGUUCGGUCUCGCCAACAGAUGAAUGACCUACGCAACAAUGCAGGAGAUGAUUACCUCAAAAACUACCGCCGACCUAUUCUCACGGUUUUGGCCCAAGCCAUGCCCAAUCUCGAUAGCCUCUUAUGGCAUGAUGGGAUGUGCCUCGAUAUCGAGGUCUUUAAAACAUUGACACGUCUGCCCUUGCAGAAUCUCAAGUUUUCUGGAGCCUAUAUCGGUGUACCGCUUUCUCUAGAGCCACCAGUUGUACCACAGCAUGUGCCGUUACGAUCACUUUCCCUGGGCGCGAGUCCUUGUAUAGACGGCACACACAUAAGAGGGGGGACGAGCAGUGGUAGUGGUAACCAGAGCCUUACCAUUAAAGACUCCGGCCCCAAAGCAGAAUUUCUGGGUCACGAGAAUAUGGUGUUUCCCCAUCUGCGGUACCUCGACCUUGCUUCUGCAUCGAGCUAUCCCGACGCGGUGGCUUGGUCGUCGUUCAUGGCUGCACCACUGAAGCACCUGUCAUUGCCUCUAGAUGGCAUUAGUUCAUCCCAACAAUUUCUGUCGGAUUGCCCGACCCUUGAAGGACUUGAAACGCUAGUUGUGCCGUCUCUCUAUAUAGAAGCGCAUCUGGCAAAGCUAGUCGUCGACUUUAUCUUGAAGCAAUCUCAAGUCAGCAAACUCUCUGUCCAAAACGGCACACCGUAUUUUCUGGAUCGGCAUAUACUUCCAGCAUUAGCUAGUGGGAAAUGGUCAAAUCUCACCUCCCUUUCGAUAUCAUGGCUAGCCCGACGAAUUACCACGGAACCAGGCACCAAUGUAGUCUAUACUCAAAUUCCCUCUCAAUCUCUAGCUGCUAUCAAUCGCAUCAAAUCACUGGAGCAGCUCUGUCUCGGCGCUGAUGAUGCCGCCAGCCGGCGUCAUCAUUGGAUCCCCUACCAUAAAGACUUGCGACUACGCCUCCAAGGUUUGAAGAAUCUUCGAAGGCUUGCCUUCUCGGGAGACACAUAUAAGAAUCCAGAUAAGGCACCAUUCAGUGAUUUGGAGAGUUAUUACAGGGAUCGGUGGUUGACGCAGCGAGUGUAUGAUGACGCAAUGGAACGCCAGCACUUGGAUCCCGCUGAGUAUUUUUUGAGGCCGAGACUUAUACAUGGCGCUCACGCAACAUCUUUUGGUGAUGCUAUCGGCAAUAUUACCAUUGGAGAAGAUGCCGAAUUUGGCUCUGUCAAUGGGAACACCGAUAACAGCAUUCCAAAUGACAUGAUCUGGGAGCGUUCUCACCGCAACCGCAUGCUCCGGGAAGCAGAGAAAUAUGCAAGUGUCUUCCGAAAGUUGAACUGGAUAUUCUGCGGCCAGUUACCUAUAUCAGUUAAGGCAACAGAGGGAUCAGGAGAGCCAGUCUUCGAAGCCACGCCUCUAAGCAAGCGCAGGGAUCGUUUCUCAAGCACCUUGACACCAAUCUUUGAGAUGAGAGGAGAUGCCUGA